AUGACACUCAAAUUGCUUAUGAAUUCGACAUGGGGAUAUUCCAUUAAGAAACCUCAAGAGAUGAAGAGUAAACAUUAUGAGAAGGUCGACAACUUUGUUGAAAGGUUUUCUCCUUUUGUUUUGAAGUACGAAUUCACUCAAGGUCAAAGUGGCUUAGUAACCACAUUAAAACCUAUUGUCGAACAUUGGUCUUACCCUCAGUUCGCAAAGGCAGUCCUUGACGAGUACAACAAAUUCUUCUCCGAAGUCAAAUCGAAAGUGAAGGUUUACUAUGAGAACAUUGACGCACUCAUGACGAACGAAGAAGGAUACAACAAACUCAUUGAAAUGGGAAUGGUCGGUGAAAAGAUGGGCUGUUUUAAGCUAGAUAAGGUAUUUUCCGAAGUUCAUGUAAUAUCGAAAAGGAAAUAUUGGGGCAUACUUGAAGACGGCACAGAAAUAAAACAUUGCAUGAAAUAA